AUGCUGAAGUUCAGAAGGUAUUUGAUCACGAAGCUGAGUGCAAUCUACAGGUGCCAGCCAGGUCGGCUCUGGAUCUCCUUCAGCCUCCUCAUCCUCCUCCUGGUCACACUUCAGGUUGUGGAGAAGCUGCAGCCUCCUGGGAGCUGCCAGUGUGAGCUGGAGAGGGGCCUGCAGCAGACCCUGGGCCAUGGGCUCAGCCCUGCCCUGCUGUGGGACAAUGACUCCCCCCAGGGGCACAGGGAAGCUGAGCCAGCCCCUGCUUCCACUGAGGAUGUUCUCAGGAUGGAUCUGUACUUCAGGCAGGAGACCCCUGGGGAAAGCAGCCCAGAGGAGCUCUGGGUGCAGCAGCCUGAGGAGAGCAGAGAGAAGGUGAAAGCCCAUCUGUCACCCAGGGAGCUGAGACCCCAGCUCCUUGGCCUGGAAAAAGCAGCCAGAGAAAGUCCUGCUCCAAUUCUCCUUCCUUUGGCAGAAGCUGUCACCAGCAAGUUCAUCUUGGCAAACAGGCCGAGCACAGAGGAGCAGAGGGGAAUGUCCCCAGCUGGAAUGGUGCAGCUGGAGGGACAGAGCCAGACUCAGCCUCUAGCUGUGAGCUCUCCCCAGCCUGAGUGGGGCAGCUCUCUCACACAGCCCCUCCCAAACUCAGCUCAACCGCUGCAGGCAGAGGAUUCUCAUAACCUGCAGACAGGACUUUUCCCAAACUGGACAGAAGCCUUUCGAAUCAAAGAGGUAACAUCUGGAGAAGGUCAGCAAGCCAGAGGGGUCACCUCUCAAGGCAAGGUGUGCAAGCCCAAGACUGACAUCGUUUUCCUGAAAGUCCACAAGAGCGCCAGCAGCACCGUCAUGAACAUCCUGUUCCGCUUUGGCGAGACUCACAACCUCACCUUUGCCUUCCCCCAGGGCGGGGGCUUCCAGCUCUCCUACCCCUACCACUUCCUGGCCAGGUUCGUGCAGGGAUUCUCCCCGCACAGCCCCCGGCGCUUCAACAUCCUCUGCCACCACAUGCGCUUCCUGCAGCCGGAGGUGCAGAAAGUGGUGCCCAGCUCCGCCGUGUACUUCUCCAUCCUGAGGAACCCGGUGCAGCUGAUGGAGUCCUCCUUCGUGUACUACAAGGGAGCGUCAGCCUUCUCUCGUGUGCGCAGCCUGGAGGAGUUCCUGCGCCAGCCCCAGCGCUACUACGACCCCUCCCGCGGCGACCGCCACUACGCCAGGAACCUCAUGACCUUCGAUUUCGGCUUCAACCCCGACGGAGAUGUGUCCCCCGAGCGGGUGCAGCUCAUGCUGAGAGCCAUCGAGGCGUCCUUCGACUUUCUGCUCAUCUCCGAGUACUUCGACGAGUCCAUGGUGCUGCUGAAGGAGAUGCUGUGCUGGGACCUGGACAGCGUCGUGUCCUUCCCUCUCAACUCGCGGGACAGCAGCACCAAAUCCUCGCUGCCGGCGCACUCCGUGGAGCGGCUGAAGGCGUGGAACAGGCUGGACUGGGAGAUCUACACGCACUUCAACCGGAGUUUUUGGGAGCGCAUCGAGCGCCACAUCGGCGCGGCGCGGCUGCGGCGGGAGCUGCGGGCGCUGCGGGCGCGGCGGGCGCAGCUGGCGGGGAUCUGCCUGCAGGGCACGGGCAGCGUGGCCCCCAAGGACAUCAAGGACUCGUCCCUGCGGCCGCUGCAGCACGGCGGGGCCCGGAUCCUGGGCUACAACCUCAAGCAGGGCUUGGAUGGCGAGCUGGAGCGGACGUGCCGGCGGCUGGUGACGCCGGAGCUGCAGUACAGCAGCCUGCUCUACAAGAAGCAGUUCCCCCCGCAGCCCCCCGAGACCCCCCGGUGAUCCACCAAAAUACUCAACUGUGACGGACAAAAGACUCUCUAGCAUUUAAAGUUGGGAAGUGUGUGUUUAUUCGUUAGAGGUAAUCCUCUAACACGCGCUGCAAAAUCACAGGCGGUCACAGAGUCUAUUUAUUGGAUUCAACGAAUUUUUAAAGGAUUUAAAAUUAAAGGAUUCAAACAAGUACAUAUUCAUAAUAACAGCCCCUCCCACCCCCCGCUUCCUAUGGUAAUUAGCUGGAAUAGCUAUUAAGCAUUGAUUGACUUCUUAAAUUAAGUCUGGGGUCGUUUAUGUGGGGAGGGGUCUUAAAAGGAGGAAGUAAGGUGACUCUUCCUCACCCUAAACUCUCGACCUUUUCUAUCAAUGACAAUACAAAUGAUUUCUGGGGAUAGCCCAAUUUUCCAAAGAAUGGGUUUCUGGGUGCAUUGUCUAUGUUCCUUUGGGUCUGCUCACUAGUUUCAUCUUUUCCCAUUGUAAGCACAGCUGAGCAAACAUAAAAUGACAGA